CGUAAGGGUGUGUGCUUAGUGACGGGAGUCUCUAUGAUUAAUCCUGGUGUCUGGAUUAUACCUUUAUAACAUCUAGUCAUGCUGGGUGCUGCAGGGUCAGAGCUGCUACAGGUUCUUCAACAUCAAACACUCGUGGAUGAACGCAGCCGAGCUCUGCAAGCGGUUUGGCGCGGAGUUGCUGCUGGUGGACAGCUACGUGGAGAACAACUUCACGCAGCACCUGGCGCACUCACAGCUCGACCAUCCCACCAGCAGCUACUGGCUCGGCGCUGUCGCCCUCAACGAGCUCAACACUAACACCCUCGAGUCCGCUGGCGGCGAUCAUGUCUCCUUAUAUUCAGGUUUCUGGGCACAAGGACAGCCGCGCGUGCAGAACGGCAAGUGCGUGCGGGCGCAUCUGGGACAAGAGAAGCAGUCCUGGGAGCUCAGCACCUGCGAGUCUCUGCUGCCGUUCAUGUGCAAGGCCGGGGCCUGUCCUAUGGGAUCCUCGCUCUGCUCUAACGGCAAAUGCGUCAACAAUGCUUUUCUGUGCGAUGGUCAGAACGACUGCGGUGACAUGUCCGACGAAAUGAAUUGCGAAAGUCGUUGCGAAUUCUACAUGAAAUCCUCGGGCGACUCGAUCGAAAGCCCCAACUACCCAAACAAGUAUGGCCCCAACAUGGAGUGUCAAUGGACCCUUGAAGGCCCCGUGGGUCACAAUAUUGUCCUCCAGUUCUACGAGUUCGAAACCGAGAAGAACUUCGAUACUGUCCAGAUCUUGAUCGGAGGAAGAACUGCUGAUUCGGCAGUUCCCAUCGCUACACUUUCAGGGCGGCAAGAUUUAUCAAGCCGACUCUUUGUGUCUGCUUCUAACUUUAUGAUUUUGAAAUUCAAAUCUGAUGCUGCCGCUGAAAAGCGAGGAUUCAGAGCUUCAUGGAAGACCGAGCCCCAGUCGUGCGGAGGGGAGUUCAUUGCAACCCCCAACCCCCAGGUGCUGGCGUCCCCUAACUACCCGUCCAUGGACUACCCAGGAGGCCUCGAGUGUCUGUACGAGCUCAAGACGCAGCAAGGCAGCGUCAUCACCAUACAGAUCACUGACUUCCAGAUGGAAAAAGACAACGACUACAUUUUGGUACGGGAUGGAGCACAUCCUUCCUCCAAGAUACUGGCCCGCCUCACCGGCAAGCAAGAAGACAAUCCCAAGUACCUCAUCUCGACCGGCCCUGCGAUGUACCUUUACUUGCGGACCAGCUUCGGAAACUCCGGCAAAGGAUUCCAGCUUCAUUAUUAUUCUGGCUGUUCCGUAACUCUUGAGGCUCUGGAAGGCGACUUGACUUCACCUGCUUAUGGAAUUUCGAACUACCCGAAUAACCAAGAAUGUCUGUACUUGAUCCGGCGACCUGGAGGUGGUCGACUGUCACUGAAGUUCCUGGACUUCGUGGUGAGCGACAAGGACACAGUUCAGGUAUACGACGGGGCUGAGCGGACCCAGGCAAUAAGACUGCACCCUGGUCAAGGGUUCUCGGCUUCCAACCCUCCCUCUAUGACCCUCACCGCAGACUCCGGCACUAUGUUGCUCAGAUUCUCCAGCGACCCUCUCAGAAACGCCAAAGGAUGGGCGGCUAAAUUUUCAGCCGACUGCCAUCAACUGCGGAUCGGCGAAGGCGCUAUAGCGUCGUCCCGCGAAACAGCGUUCGACAGCGUCAUCACGUAUAGCUGCGCCAGAGGUCAUCAGUUCGCUAACAACCGCAGCACCAUCGUGUCAAGAUGUAACUUGGGUGGCAUGUGGUCAGAGGACUACAUUCCGGCAUGUCAGGAGGUGUACUGUGGCCCUGUCCCCCAAAUCGACAACGGCUUCAGCAUCGGCGCGACGAACGUGUCUUUCCUCGGCCAGGCGACGUAUCAGUGCUACGCAGGGUUUGCUUUCCCCAGCGGCUCUCCUGUCGAGACCGUCACUUGCCUCGAGACUGGCCAGUGGCAGCCGCUGCCGGAGUGUCUCGCUUCGCAGUGUCCCCCUCUACCUGACAUCCCGAACAUUGUCCUGAACGUCCUGAAUGGAGGAGGUCGCAGCUACGGGACCGUCAUUCGUCUCGAGUGCGAGGAAGGAUACUACAGAGUCGGCCAUCCCGUGAUCCACUGCAUGUCAGAUGGCUCGUGGUCUGCUACAAACCUGCCCUCUUGCAUCAAAAAACAUUGCAGCAGAUUCCCCAAGAUCACGAAUGGCUUCGUGACGGACAUGACUCGCAAGUACCACUUCGGUGACGAGGCGAGAGUUCAGUGCCACCGCGGGUUCCGGCUCGUGGGUUCACCGCUCAUCAAGUGCGGGGCUGAGGACGAGUUCAUCAACCUUCCAACCUGCGAAGACAUGGACGAGUGCACUACUGCUCAGUGCGAUGCGGCGUCAACCGAGUGUAUGAACAGUCCUGGUGCAUUUUCCUGCAAAUGCAAGAAGGGUUUCCUGCCUAAUCUGAACUGCCGACCUGUAGGCGACCUCGGAGUGUCCGAUGGAGGGAUUCCAGACGAUGCCAUCACUGUCUCCGGAACCAUGCCUGGAUUCGAGAAAAAUAGUGUCCGUUUGAACUCCCAGCCUGGAUGGUGCGGAACUUUACCAGUACCUGGGAAGAACUGGGUAAUGGUCGACUUGAGGGUCCCAACUGUUGUACGUGGUUUGCGAACUCAGCCAGUGUCCUUUGAAAAUGGAGACAUAGCCUAUUCAACGUCAAUCAGUCUUCAAUACAGUAAUAAUCUCACUGAUGCCUUCCAAAAUUAUGUUAGCUCAUCCGGCUCACCAGUAGAGUUCCAUAUUACCUCUGGAGCCCCCUUGUCUGCUCUCAAUCUCCCCGAACCAAUUGAAGCUCGCUACAUCCGACUGACGAUCGCUAAUUUUGAAAUUGCGCCGUGUCUGAAAUUUGAGUUGAUGGGAUGUGCUAGGCAAGACUGCGUUGAUAUCAACGAAUGCGAAGAAAACCAAGGAGGUUGUGGUCAUCGAUGUGUCAAUUCUCCAGGUUCUUUCUCAUGUGCUUGUGAUAUUGGUUAUGACUUGUUUGUCAACGAAACGACUGCCGGUUUCACCCUAGAAGAGUCUGAAACUGGUCUUCGUGAUGGAGAUACUUAUCGCUUGAACAAGACGUGUGUGCCCAAGAUGUGCCCAAAAUUGGAAUCUCCCUCAAACGGUCUGCUGCUGGAUACUCGUGAAAUGCAUCACUUCAUGGAUGUUGUCAAAUUCCAGUGUGAUUAUGGCUUCGUGAUGCAGGGUCCAGAUACCCUUGAAUGUACCAGUACAGGUACUUGGAAUGGAACAACGCCUGAAUGUACUCCUGCAGUUUGUCAUCCGAUAAAAGUUGACGGGGUGUCAGUUAUCUACGAUGAUCCUGAAUCUAUCAUGGUUCCUCUAGGUCAAAAUGUUUCAUUCGCUUGCAAUGAUGUUGGAAAACCCUUGCGCAACACUGUUACAUCCAACUUCCGACAAUGUGUUUACGAUCCCAAAGACGGCCUUCCGAAUUACUGGCUGUCAGGUGUACAACCAGAAUGCGAACGGAGAGAUUGCGGUAUUCCUGCCGAAACUCCAGGGGCCACAUAUGGUUUCACAGCUGAUACAAAAUUUGAGUCUACAUUCUUCUUUGGAUGCCAAGAAACUUUUAGUUUUAAUGGCCAAACUAGUAGAAAUGAUAAUGUGGUGCGAUGCGACGCAAACGGAAAUUGGGAUUUCGGAGACUUGCGUUGUGAGGGUCCCGUAUGUCAAGAUCCUGGCCACCCUCCUGAUGGUCGUCAGUCUGCUACUAGUUACGAGCAAGGAUCCAAGGUACAUUUCGACUGCGACCGUCCUGGCUAUAUCCCGAUUACUGAUGAGCCUGUAACAUGCAUUACUGAACCAACUUGCAAGGUCGUUAAACCAAUCGGAAUCACUUCAGGGAAAAUACCAGAUUCAGCAUUCAAUGUUUCAUCUGAGCGAACCAACUACGAAGCGCGCAACAUUCGUUUGAACUCGGCAACUGGCUGGUGCGGUCAAGAAGGCCCUUUUACUUACGUGACCGUGGAUCUUGGAUCAGUUCACAAUAUCAAAGUCAUCCUCCUAAAAGGCGUUAUCACCAAUGAUGUUGUCGGAAGACCAACAGAACUCAGAUUCUUUUACAAAGUUGAAGAGAACGCCGACUUCGUAAUUUAUUUCCCCAACUUCAAUUUAACAAAGCGCGUUCCAGGAAACUAUGGAGAACUUGCCAUGAUCAAGCUUCCAGUUUACGUUAAAGCUAGAUUCAUCGUACUCGCCAUCAUCAGUCACGAUAAAAAUCCUUGCAUGAAAUUCGAGUUAAUGGGUUGCGAAGAUACCCCAGAAGAGACAAAUUUACUAGGAUUUGAUUCGAACUAUCCUACCUGUGUCGACAAUAUGCCGCCUGUCUUCUCGAACUGCCCUGCUAAGCCUUUGGUCGUAGAAAAGGGUCCCAAUGGUUUGCUUCCUGUAGACUUUGUUGCGCCGGUUGCUAAAGAUAACUCUGGAAUUAUUACACGAACGGAAGUUAUUCCCGCUGGAUUCCAAACCCCAAUGUACAUAUUUGAGGAUAUGACUGUAGAAUAUUUGGCAUUCGAUGUUGACGGAAACAUUGCCAUUUGCUACGUGAACAUCACUGUUCCGGACGACACUCCGCCUUUCUUAGCUUGCCCUCAAAGCUACGUCAUUGAACUGGUUGACGAACAAGAAACUUACACCGUCAAUUUCAAUUCAUCUCUGACCCUUGCUAACGUUCAGGCUUCCGACAAUCACGAUGAGAACGUAAAGCUAUCAGUAUAUCCGGGAGAAGCUGUUAUUCGUGUAGGCGAUUACCAGAACGUUACCGUUACUGCUACUGACGCUGCUGGGAACUCGGCAAUGUGCAGCUUCCAAGUUGCUGUCAAAGCUUCGGCCUGUGUCGAUUGGGAACUCAAGAAACCAGCGCACGGUAAACUAGCGUGUAACAAUGAUCCCCGUCGUGGUAUGGUCUGCACAGCAGUUUGCGAGCGAGGUUUCCGCUUUACCGAUAACAUGCCUGCCAAGGAAUUCGUUUGUACUGCAGAUGACGGCUUGUGGUAUCCCACUCCAGUUGUGCCAGAUUGCGUGAGCGAGGACACACAGCAAGCUAGCUACGACACCGUCGCCGACAUCACUUACAGAUCCAAUGGAGCUGUUGUUGUCAGCUGCCUUGAUCAAUACAAAGCUCACGUCGAGCAGUUCUAUACGGAAUUGAACGCAUUGCACUCUGGUCGUUGUCAAACUGCUACCAAUAUCCCAAUUAAAGUGGAAUUAGUUGAUGUUGGGAUGAUGCUCCUGCAAGAAAAUAUGGUUAAAACGAAGCUUGUCCUUCGUAUCAGUCACACCAAUCCUCAAGAGAGAAUUUACGAUCUUUGCGGGAAUGUACUUUCUCUAAUAUACGAUUUAACUCUCCCGUCUUCUUCUAGUGAAAUAGAGAAUAUUCUCAACAUGCCUUCUGUUGGAAACUCGUGCCCUGCUCUCCGUGCGAUGAACUCGAAUGUUACGAGAGGCUUUACCUGCAGCACCGGAGAAGUCCUGAACACGGAGACCACCUCAAUCCCACGAUGCCUUCAUUGUCCAGCUGGAUCUUUUGCCAAAGCCAUGGAAGACAAGUGCACUCCAUGCCCCAUGGGCUUCUACCAGGAUAUGGGUCGUCAAGGAUCUUGCAAGCAGUGUCCUGCAGGGAGAUAUACCCGGCACAAUGGCAGCAAAUCCAUCGAAGACUGUAUUCCCGUGUGUGGAUACGGCACUUAUUCUCCCACUGGUUUGGUACCGUGUCUCAAUUGCCCACAGCACACCUUCUCGGGUGAGCCUCCCAUCGAUGGCUUCAGAGAGUGUCAGACGUGCCCUCCUAACACGUUCACGUUCAUGGCAGGUGCCGUGUCGCAGCAGCAAUGCCGACAAAUGUGCACUGCUGGUACGUACUCUGAUAACGGAUUGGAACCGUGCAACCCUUGCCCUAGGAAUUUCUACCAACCGUCGCAAGGAAAAAUGACAUGUGUUGAGUGUCCAACUGGAAACAGGACGAUAAAUGAAGGCUCGACGUCUGCAAGCGAGUGUCAGGCUAUUGACUGCACUGAAAACAUCUGUCAAAAUGGUGGCCUAUGCCUUGCUCGUCACCAUCAAAUUCAGUGUUACUGCCCAGCUGGCUUCAGUGGUAAAUUCUGCGAGAUUGACAUCAAUGAAUGUGAUUCCACGCCUUGCUACAAUAAUGGCAAGUGCAUUGACCUACCCCAGUCUUAUCGCUGUGAGUGUCUUCCUGGUUACUCGGGCCUGCAAUGUCAAGACGAAGAAAGUGACUGUGUUCCCGGGGCUUGCCCAGACCGCGCCAUGUGUAAAGAUAAUCCAGGAAUCGGCAGUUUUGAAUGUCUCUGUCGUUCUGGAUAUACUGGCCCUGACUGCAGUGUCACAGUUGAUCCUUGUGUAGAAAGAGGAAACCCUUGUAACAACAGCGGUGUUUGCACUCCACUCAAGCAAGGAAAAUUCCAGUGUGAAUGUAUGCCUGGAUGGGAAGGUAGACUGUGUGACAUAAAUACUGAUGAUUGCGCGGAAAUGCCUUGCCUGCUGGGAGCACCAUGUACCGAUCUCGUUGCUGAUUUCAAAUGUGACUGUCCACCUGGAUUUACUGGAAAAAGAUGUCACCUCAAAGUUGAUCUUUGUAACCCAAUGCCUUGCGUCAAUGGUAUUUGCGUGGACAAAUUUUUCGAGCACGAAUGUAUCUGUUAUGAAGGAUUCACUGGGGAGUCGUGCGAUAUCAACAUCGAUGAAUGUGCUGAUAAGCCAUGUGAAAAUGGAGGACUUUGCAUCGACCAAGUUAACGGUUACAAAUGCUCAUGUGAGACCGGUUUUACUGGUAAGAACUGCCAGCACAUGGUUGACUAUUGUGCCUCGGACCCUUGUGAAAACGCAGCGUCGUGCACCAAUGCUCUCGACGGUUUCAUUUGUGAAUGCCGUCCAGGAUUUGUGGGAUUGCAAUGCGAGGCGUCGACCGACGAAUGCAUCAGCAGUCCGUGCAAUCCUGUUGGUACAGAAGAAUGCAUUGAUUUAGACAACAUGUUCAAAUGCAAGUGCCACGCUGGUUUUACUGGAGAACUUUGUGAAACGAAUAUUAAUGAAUGUGAGUACAACCCGUGCAUGAACGGAGGAACUUGUAUUGAUGGAGUAGCCGAUUACACCUGCCAAUGCGACAAAGGCUGGUCCGGCAAGCGCUGCGAGAAAGACGUUGGAGGCUGUGAGGCAAACCCUUGUUUGAACGAUGCCGAGUGUAUCGAUUUGUUCGAGGAUUUCUUCUGUGUGUGCCCGUCAGGAACCGACGGCAAAAUGUGUCAAGUAGCUCCUGAACGCUGUGUCGGAAACCCGUGCAUGAAUGGCGCUCAGUGCCAGGACUUUGGUUCCGGCCUGAACUGCUCGUGCUCCGAAGACUACACCGGCGUUGGAUGUCAGUUUGAAUACGACGCGUGCGCUGAGGGCGCUUGCAAGAACGGGGCCACGUGUAUAGAUCACGGCGAAGGCUACAAGUGUUUGUGCCCUCCGGGAUACGAAGGACGGCAUUGCGAUAAGGACAUCGUUGACUGCACUCCUGCUGCCUGUCCCCCGGGGGCUGUCUGCAUUGACCUCACCAACGAUUUCUACUGCAAGUGUCCCUUCAACCUCACUGGCGAAGACUGCCGGAAAGUGAUCAACUUCGACUACGACCUCUAUGUUAACGACGAAAGCAAGACUUCAAGCGCUUCUUUGGCCACUCCCUUCGACCUGAUGGAGGCUAAGGCCUUCACUGUCGCACUCUGGGUCCAGUUUGCGAAGGCCGACAGCAAGGGCAUUGUGUUCACUCUCUUCUCCGUCUCGAGUCCUUACAUCCCGGAAAAUCCUCGAAUGUUAUUACAAGCGACGGACAGCAGCAUGAUCAUCGAGCUCGUUCGUGGCGCGAGGGAAGUCAUCAGUUACAGGCCCAAUAUUCCCAUCAACGAUGGACAGUGGCAUCACAUCGCCCUCAUUUGGGACGGAACUGAGGGCAUUCUUACCCUCACGACUGACGCUGUCGUCGUUGCGCAAGUGACCGGAUUUGCUAAAGGCAGCACUAUGCCGAAAUAUGGCUGGGUGACGCUAGGAGCCGUGCCACAAAGGUUCGCCUCGUACUCAGACGUGCGCGGCUUCCACGGCCGCGUGGCCCGCCUCAACGUCUGGAACAGAGCGGUCGACUACAGGGUCGAUGUGCCCAAGAUGGCUCGUUCGUGCAUGAAGUCACCGGUGAUGUUCGAAGGACUCCUCCUGCGAUGGGCAGGAUACGACAGAGUCGAGGGCAACGUCGAGAGGGUUGGGCCCUCUAACUGUGGACAACAUGUCUGCCCUCUUGGAUAUACUGGGGAUUGCACUGUCCUACAAAGGGACAAGACUCCACCAAGGGUUGACCAUUGCCCUGGACACAUCUGGGUCAUCACCAAGAAUGGUUCGGCGGUGGUCAACUGGGACCGGCCCAGAUUCACUGACAACAUCGGCAUUGAAAAAACCAUCGAAAAAUCGGGAUAUUUCCCUGGACAAGCCUUCGCCCUGGGGACGUACCACAUCGCGACGGUAGCGUACGACGCAGCAGGCAACUCUGCCACUUGCUCCUUCAACGUCUACGUCCUCGAGGAUUUCUGUGAGGACUUGGCCGAUCCUGUGGGGGGAACCCAGCGCUGCUCAAACUGGGGUCCUGGCGGUCGCUUCAAAGUCUGCUCGAUUGAGUGCAACCCGGGACUCAAGUUCUCUACUCAGGUUCCCGACUUCUACACAUGUGGGGCUGAGGGCUUCUGGCGCCCCACCACAGACCCCAGC